AGAGGAGGGGCUGCAAACCCAGCCCAGGGUGCUCCGAGGAGGAGAGACUCAGCCUGUGCCUGGAAGGCAGCCAGAGAUCUGGCCAGAGCGCUGAAGUGGUGGUCCAUGAGCAGCUUGAUGAUGGCAAGAAGCCCCACCAGUGCUUGGAAUGUGGGAAGAGUUUCGGCAGGAGCCACCACCUGCUCAUCCACCAGAGGACCCACACCGGGGAACGGCCCUAUGAGUGUGGGGAAUGUGGGAAGAGCUUCAAGUUCAGCUUCCACCUCAUUGUCCACCAGAGGAUCCACACCAAUGAACGGCCUUAUAAAUGUGGAGAAUGUGGGAAGGGCUUCAGGAGGAGCUCCAGCCUGAAACUCCACCAGAUGAUCCACACUGGGAUACGACCCUUUGUGUGUGGGGAAUGUGGGAAGGGCUUCCGUGACAGCUCCCGCCUGAUCAUCCACCAGACAAUGCACACUGGGGAAUGCCCCUACACGUGCUCAGAGUGUGGGAAAAGCUUCAUUGAGAACUCCAGCCUGAUUCUGCACCAGAGGAUCCACACUGGGGAGAGGCCCUACAAGUGCAGGGAGUGUGGGAAAAGCUUCAUCGACCCCUCCGGCCUGAGUGUCCACCAGAAGAUCCACACUGGGGAGAGGCCCUACAAGUGCGGGGAAUGUGAGAAAAGCUUCAGUCAGAGCACUAGGCUGAUUCUGCACCAGGAGAUCCACACCAGGGAGAGGCCCUACAAGUGUGGGGAAUGUGGGAAAAGCUUCAGGCAGAACUCUAGGCUGAUUCUGCACCAGACGAUCCACACCAGGGAGAGGCCUUACAGGUGUGGGGAAUGUGGGAAAUGCUUCAGGCAGAACUCUAGGCUGAUUGCCAACCAGAGGAUCCACACUGGGGAGAGACCCUAUGAGUGUUCUGAGUGUGGGGAGAGGUUUCAGAGCCAAUACCAUCUCCUCAAGCAUCAGCAGAUUCACACAGAAUAGAGGCCCUUCUGCUGCCCUGACUGCAGGAAGGGCUUUAAGAAAAACUCCACCCUCGUCACCCAUCGGCGGAUCCACACUGGGGAGAGGCCCUGACAGUGUCCCA